AACUACUCUCCAACUGUUCUCUUCUUCCAAACAUCAAACCAUUCCUCAAUUUCUAGAAAGCAGUCAGCUAAAGAUCACUCAACUACAUUCCCUCUUUGCGCACCUUUCUUCUCCGCAAUCAUGGGAGCUUCUUCAUGCUUAAGCUCAUCUGCCGUCGCCUUGUUCACUGGUGAUCGGCAUCGCCAAAAGAACAGGAACCCUUCUUUGCUGCCUUCGAGGAGGAGAGGCAUCAGAGUCAUCUGCUGCGCCAGCAAUGACAGUGUCAAGAGUUCAAGGAGCUGCACCGAACUGGUAGCUGAAAGGUUACCGAUGCCGAUGUUGGCAGAAGACGAUACCAUUUUUGCGUCGAACGGAAUGAUGAGUUUCGUGCCGUACAAGGAGACAAACGGCACCAAAGUGGAUUCCACCCGAGGGAUUGGGAUCGCCGGAUUCCUCGAGGGGAAGCAGUUGCUGGUGACUGGUGCAACUGGUUUCCUCGCUAAAGUUCUUGUCGAGAAGAUCUUGAGGAUCGCACCGGACGUGGGAAAGAUCUAUGUCCUUAUCAAGGCAGACGACAAGGAAGCGGCCGUCAAACGACUGGAGUUUGAAAUAAUAAACACAGAACUCUUCAGAUGCCUGCGAGAGAUCCACGGAAAGGACUACCGUGAGUUCAUGUCAAGCAAACUUGUUCCGGUGAUAGGCAACAUCAGGGAAGCCAACGUAGGAAUCGAACCAGAGUUAGCUGAUGAGAUCUCGAAAGAAGUUGAUGUCAUCAUAAAUUCAGCAGCCAACACUGCUUUCGAUGAGAGGUACGACGUUGCCCUGGACACAAACACCAUAGGGCCAUUCAGGCUCAUGAGCUUUGCGAGGAGGUGCGAGAAGCUCAAGCUCUUUUUACAUGUAUCAACAGCAUACGUGAAUGGGCAAAGACAAGGUAGGAUACUCGAGAAGCCAUUUGGCAUGGGGGACACCAUAAAGAGGGAGACAUCUCCAGAAUUUUCAGCAAAAGCUACACCCAUUUUGGAUAUCGAAUCUGAGAUCAGGUUAGCUUUUUCUUGGGCAAAGACUUCUUGGGAUGCUCCCCUAGUUCAGAAGAUGAAAGACUUGGGACUAGAAAGGGCAAAGAUCCAUGGAUGGCAAGAUAGCUAUGUGUUCACGAAGGCCAUGGGGGAGAUGGCGAUCAACUGCAUGCGAGGAGACAUACCGGUCGUCACCAUCAGGCCCAGCAUUAUCGAGAGCACUUACUCGGAACCUUUCCCUGGGUGGAUGGAAGGAAGCAGAAUGAUGGAUCCAGUAGUUCUACAGUAUGGCAAAGGACAGCUCACUGGCUUUCUCGCUGAUCCAAAUGCAGUUCUCGAUGUUGUACCGGCGGACAUGGUGGUGAGCGCAAUGGUGGCAGCAAUGGCGAAACAUGGGUCGACAUCCAACCCUGGAAUGCAUAUUUACCAGAUCACUUCAUCUGUGGUGAACCCACUGGUGAUCCAAGACCUGGCUAAGCUCAUCUUUCAGCACUUCUCAGCCUUUCCUUGCAUCGAUGCCAAGGGGAGACCGAUCGCGGUUUCACCAAUCAAAUUCUUCGACGACGCGAACGAGUUCUCCGCCUACGUUUCUACCGACGCUGUUCGGAGGAACGAACGACUCGCGGCUGCCAUCUCGAACGAGAAGAUCUCUCGGAGUCUGAAGAGUUUUUGCUUGAGAUCAGUCGAACAAGCCAAGCACUUAGCCAAAAUAUAUGAGCCAUACACGUUCUACGGCGGAAGGUUCGACAACAAGAACACUCAAGAGCUGAUGGUGGAGAUGUCCGAGGAGGAGAGGAGGAGCUUUGGGUUUGAUGUUGGAAGCAUUGAUUGGGAACACUACAUCUCCGAUGUCCAUGUUCCUGGACUGAGAAGACAUGUGAUGAAGGGAAGAGGCAGAUCCACCGAACCCCAACUUGGUGCCAUUCCAUAAAAUCUGUGUUGUGGAGCUAUGUAUGGUUUUCUUAGUGACAAGAUGAUGUUUCCUUACUCGCGCUUAAUCUCAAUGCAACCACCAUGAU